GGCGCAGCGAGGGGGCGGUGGCGGCCAUGGCGCUGAACAGGAACCACUCGGAGGGCGGCGGCGUCAUCGUUAACAACAGCGAGAGCGUUCUGAUGACCUAUGAUCACGUAGAAAUGGCCUUCAGUGAGAUCGAACCGAUGCCAGAGGCUUUCAAAGGGACCAAGAAAGGGAGUGUUUUCUUGACUCCCUACCGAGUUAUCUUUGUAUCGAAGGGGAAGGAUGCUCUGCAGUCUUUUGGGAUGGCCUUUUAUUUGUUGAAAGACUGUGAGAUUAAGCAGCCUGUCUUUGGAGCAAAUUAUAUUAAGGGUACAGUGAAAGCAGAGGCAGGAGGCGGCUGGGAAGGAUCUGCCACCUUCAAGAUGACCUUUACAGCUGGGGGUGCUAUCGAGUUUGGGCAGCGUAUGCUGCAGGUGGCAUCCCAAGCCUCCAGAGGUGAAGUCCCCAGCGGAGCUUACGGCUAUUCCUAUAUGCCAAACGGAUCCUAUGCUUUCGCACCACCUGUGGCCAACGGGGGCUAUCCGUACCCACCGCCUCCCCCUGAGUUUUAUCCUGCUCCCCCUAUGGGAGGUGCAGACAUGGGUUACAUGCAUCUGCCGCCCCCGCCGUACCCUGGGCCCAUGGAGCCGCCCUCUGGUGGUCCAGAUCUGCCUUCCACUCCUGCAGCUGAAGCAAAGGCUGCUGAAGCUGCUGCCAGUGCUUACUACAACCCAGUAAACCCACACAACGUCUACAUGCCCACGGACCAGCCACCCCCUCCUCCGUACUUCCCACCAGAGGACAAGAAAAACCAAUAAGCUACCACAGAACUCCUCCACAACUCGUUGCUUUCUUACUUCCCACUUUGGCUGAAUCCUGGGGCAUGGUCCAUAGCACUGAGGAGUAGAGCCUUACCUCAAGGCACGUAGCUUUCCUGGACUUUAGUGGUAGAUAUGAGCAGGGCAAGGGGAGAUCUCAGCAGCCUGGCUUACCUCCAAGAGCUCUGAGGGUUUGCAGUCCUACCACAGUUUUCCCUUCUCCCUUUGCACGCCAACACUAGAUCUCAAGGUUCUCUUUCUGAUAGUUUCCUUUAUCUCUGUUUCUUCUGAUACUUAAAUUAUACCUCUUUAGAGUAAGCUGCUGUUGCAGAGUGAUAAUUAACAAGCUCAUCACAUGGAAACAAGGCACCUGGGGAGUCUUGUCCUUACUUUGGGGUUCUGUGGGCACAGAGAUGUCUCUAGAUAGCCCUCUAAACCUGUAGUAUCACACCCAACUUCUUCCUCUGUUACUGAGAAAGGGCUUCAGUGGGAACCUUUGGAAUCUCAGAGAAAAUAAGUGUCCAUCAGAUUAUGCAGAUAUCUGAUAAACUUUCUU